AUGCAAUGUCGUGGCGAAAAGGAUGCCACCGCCAGCACCGCCAGCACAUCACCCUUCACCGCCGCCUUCACCACCGCCUUCACCACCGCCGUCAUGAAGUGGACGCCCCUGGCCUUUGUCGGCCUCGCCGCCAACUCCUUCGCCGCCGCCGCCGUGGCCAACACGGCCAAGCCCGACGGUGCCGCCCCCGCGGGCUGCGGUCCGUCGCACGACGGCAAGUUCGAGGUCACCAUCUACUCUGUCACGCCGGCCGUGGCCAAGCGCAACGUCGUCGUCAAGAAGCGCGCGACGACCUGCAACAGCGACAAGACGCUGGUCCUGACCCUCGCCGACAGCGUCCUCACCGACUCCAAGGACCGAACCGGCUACAUCUCGUCGAGCUUCCAGCUCCAGUUCGACGGCCCGCCCCAGUCAGGUGCCAUCUUCACCGCCGGCUUCUCCUACUGCACAAACGGCUCCCUCGCCCUCGGCCCGACCACCGUCUUCUACCGCUGCCAGUCCGGCAACUUCUACAACCUCUACGACCGCCAUUGGGCCCCUCAGUGCGAGCCCGUCGAGAUCGUCGCCAUGCCCUGCGAGGACGGCGGUGACGAGGACGGCGGUGACGAGGACAGCCACCCCCCUCCUCUCGACGCAGAAGAUGCAGACGGUUCCGACGACGCAAACGACGCGAACAACUCGAACCUGGGCCAAACCGAGAUACUACCGACAAACGUCGUCAAGGGCCUGUCCAACGGUCAACACAAGAAUUGCUCGACGAGCGUCGCCUACCCCAUAUGCCAGAUUGCCGACGGCCAAAUUCAGAUCCACUCGACGCCGUGCGCCCAAGCUCCGAUCCACGUUGCCACGGCGCCGGCCGGUCAGAACGCGCAAGAGCAGCCCCGAUACCCGACCGGCACCGUCUCCAACGCCGCCGCCGCCGGCACCGGCACCGGCACCGUCGGCAGCGCCUCGUCCACGGCGCCGUCUGCGAGCCAGCCCAGCGAUGGAUUGGGGCCCAAGGGCACCACCCGCUUGGUCACCACCGCCGCGGCGUCCAAGGAGCGACCCACUUUCCUCAUGGCCGCUCUCGGCGUCGUUCUCGUCGCCCUCCUCUUUUCUGCUCCGUACUCCGUCGAUGCCAACCAGGAUGACCCAUCGUCCCUUGGCUUCCCCCACUGGUUCCUUCUAGACGCCCGACGCGGCACAACGCCGACGAAGCGAGCGAGCAUGUCGGAAUACUGGAAGUCCACACCGAAAUACUGGUGCAAGCACUGCUCCUGCUACGUGCGCGACACGAAGCUCGAGCGACAGAAUCAUGAAGCGACCGGUCGGCACCAGGGGGCGGUGAAGCGCGCGCUGCGGGACAUACACCGCAACCACGAGCGAGAAGAGCGGGACAAGGAGCGAGCGAAGCAGGAGAUUGCACGACUCAACGGCGUCGUCUCGGGUGACAAGUCAUCCGCACCAUCACGAGCCUACAGCAGUUACGGCACGACCAGCAGCACGAAUGCGAACACGACACCGCUCGAUGCCGAGCGCCAGCGCCAAAGGGAGCAGCUCGCCGUCAUGGGCGUCGCCAUGCCUUCGGAGCUGCGGCCAGAGAUGGCCAUGGCGGGCGAGUGGACGGUGACGCAGACGCGAGUCCUCGGCGACAAGGAAGCCGAAUCCGCUCGCGCGGCCACGGGGGUUCGCAAGCGGAGCGCCAAUGCCGACGGCGACGAGGACGAGGACGAGGCAAAGGCGCUGCGGCGCGAGGAGGAGGAUGCCGUCCGAUCGCUCUUCAAGAAGCCGCGCCGAUGGGGUCGGGACUCGAAGGCGAUGCCCGAGGAGGAGGACGCCGAGCUGGAUGCGCUGCUCUCGGCCGCCACCAUCCCGCUCAAGGGCGAGGCCAAGAAGAAAGAGGAUGAGGAGGUCGGGGUGAAGAAGGAGGACGGCGAGACGGCACUCGACGAGAAGACGGCGCAGGACGGGGCGGUGAAGGAUGAGCCGCAGGACCGGACGGUCAAGGAUGAGCCGCACGAUGGGGACGAGGCCCACGAGGGACAGACGGGGGAGGCCAAGCAGCAAGUUCGCGUCAAGGAGGAGCCCGAGACGGGGCCAGAGCCGUUCCCCGACAACCAGGACGAGGCCAAAGAGGCACCAACCGUCGUGGCACCAGUCAUGUUCAAGAAGCGGAAGCCAAAGAGCUUACGGACAAGAUAA